AUGCAGACAGAGUUCCUCGCCAUGGAUGCAGUUGUGGAGCACAUAACGAUGUCCACAACGACGUCACGAAAGCGUCCGGACGGACAGCAGAUCCGUCCGCACCCGCCGACGGCGUCGCAAUUCGAAGUGUGGGUCGCAAAGCGGACGCGACGCGUCCAAGAACAGCGCCAAACCGCUCCACGGUCUCGCACAGAUCCCCUGCAAUAUCGACUUUGCGCGAAAUUUCUCCGCUUUAAACGACUCGUCGAUGGUUACGUUCGAAUCUGCCACUUUCGGCGGGUUAUGAUGUGUGUUUUGGGAUGUAGUCGCUUUGUUUCUGAUGCCUUAAACUCGGUUUGGAUUCGAUUUGUUUCUGACUUCGAUUCACUUAAUGACGCAGAAGGCUUUCAUCCUGAAUUUGCUCAUCAACAUUUCGGUGAUAAUGAAACUAUUUACGGGUAUGAUGAUCUCGCAGUCAAUUUGUACUACUCAGCCACGACCAUGUUUUUGUACCCAGAGCUGUCGUUCUCAACAGUAGUGUCGAGCGUUGAGAAGGACAUGAAAGAAGAUAACAUCAUAGCUAAGCUGAAAGAUCAAUUGCCGAGUGAUCAAAUGAGCAUGAUGGUGGAUUCAAAGGAACAGUUUCAAGUGCUACUGGCAAAGCAAAAAAAUUUCAAACCUUAUGGAGAACUGAUCACGAAAUUCAGUGCGAGAGACAAAUGCUUCGAGUUGUACAAAAUCACUGAGAGCUCUCCGGAGUUUGAUAGUUUCCUCGCUAGGGUCCAGUCACUUGCUCUGUGGUACAUUGACGCUUCUCAAUACACUGACAACAGCGACCCUCUUUGGAUGCAUUAUUUUCUGUUCGAGUCCAAGGCAAAUGAAGCGGGCGAUGGGUCACGUGUAUAUGCUCUUGCUGGGUAUGCUUCGUUGUACAGGUUUUACGCAUACCCAGAGAGAAUAAGGCCAAGAAUUGCACAAAUAUUGCUUCUGCCACAAUUCAGGAAGAGCGGCAUAGGCGCCAAACUGCUGAAUGCGGUGUAUAAGGAUCUUUGCUCAAUAAAGGCAGUCUUGGACAUAACUGCUGAGGACCCCGCUGACAACUUCGUCCUGCUUCGUGACUACGUUGAUUGUGUGAACUGUUCCAAGCUUCCGGAAUUCGCUCCUGAGAAACUAAAGGAUGGCUUCACCGCUGAAAUGAGAGAUGCAGCACAGCAGAAGUUGAAGAUCAACAAGCGUCAAUCUCGUCGUGUUUAUGAAAUAUUACGUCUCAAAUGCACGAACAUGAAGAAUCCAGCAGAGGCGAAGGCCUUCAGAUUGGAUGUGAAGAGAAGGUUGGAACUUCCUAUGAGGAGGAAUGAACGUGAUUGGAAGAAAAUUCAAAGAGCCCUGGAUGACGAUGAGUAUGCUCAGGUAGCUGCUUCAUGCGUAAACACAGAACAAAAGAUGCAACAGCUGCAACAGCUCUACGAAGCGGAAGUGGAUGCGUACAAAAUGACUAUUCAACGAAUGACUGUUCAUCCAGAUAUUUAA